UAUUAGAGGUGUGCGCCGACCGGCGUGGCGUACGCCGCCGGUCAUUUUUGCCACGCCGCCGGCCGCCGAUCAUUCCACCGGCGUGAAAUCGGCGUGAAGUUAGAACUUGAAUUUUGGUCCGUUCUGUGUAUGUAAUAUGUAUGUACAUUCCAACAAGGCAUAUAAAUUAAUUCACGCUCGCGCGCGAGUACAUGCAGCGUUAAUUUACUGUGUUAAGCGUAGUAAAAGUACACAACACACACGCCAAACGAAAGACGAGAAAAUUGCGAAGCGGACAGAGCCCAGUGGUCCGUACCGUAGUAGUAAAACGCAAUAAAUAAGGCGCGCGGAAUAAGCAAUAAUAAACUCUUCUGCGUGCUCUCCUGCGCGGUGCGGGGUGCGGGGCGCUCGACGGGUGGGGCAAGGCAUGAAGGCCAUACGCAGCGCGGCGCGGGGAGUCAGUCAACCAUUUUGAGUAGACGCGGAUCGCACGUUUAAUGUUACGCAACCACAAUGUCGGACUAUUUUGAUAAAAAAGCAGUCGAAAGACAUGCAAUUAAGCAUUUUUCAGUGAAAACAUUGCAUUCGUCGUCAAAAAGCAGUUUUUGUUGGAAGUAUUUUGGUACAUUGCUACUUGAAAAGGAUGGCAAGAAGCGAUCGGUGCUCAUAGACAACGUAUUUUGUUCAAAAUGUAUUGAUACAUGUAAAUCUAACAAAGAUGAUGAUCUUAUGGGAUGUUCUAAUGAUGCCGCAAUUGCUGGACCAAGUUCGUCAUCAAAGAUGCUAUUGGCCAUAUCCCGGAAGCAUACCGCUGCCGCUGCCGGUAGUAUUACUAACGAUGACACUAUCGUAAAUGACUGUUGGAAAUACCUCGGGGGUUGUGAUCCAAACGAUUUGUCGGAUGGUGACCUUCUUCGUUAUUGGCGGGAAAAGCAAAAUAGCUAUCCUUGGCUUUAUGCUCUUGUGAGAGCCUUAAUGUCCAUUCCCGCCACGAGUACUCCUAGCGAGCGAGUUUUUUCCGUUGCUGGACUCGUACUGUCUGCUAAGAGAUGCAGACUAAGUCCUAGCAACGUGGACAAAAUAAUUUUUGUCCAUGACAAUUAUGACUCAUGUAGGCACUGGUCCCACCGCGAGCGAGUAAGCUAUGAACUAUCGGCUAUUUUCUAGCUCAAGAAACGAACAAAAGAUAAUCGCUUUCGUGUAAAUAAAAGAGAGAGAUAUAUAUUUAUAGUUCAUAGCUGGCUUGUUCACACCGCCGGCGAAGACACUCUCCCACCGCCCGGCGAGUAAGCGAUAAUUCCAUACAAUGUUUACUAGCCGCCCGCUGAUUGUCAACUGUUUCUAGUACAUAAUUUUACUAGUUGAUAGCCAAGCUCGCUGAUAGUUGGCGGUGGGACCACUGUUUUCUAGUUGACCGCCGCGAUAAAAGCUAUCGACUAUAAAACUAGCUCAGCGGUACUCGCCGGUGCCUGCUUGGCGAUCAGACCGAUCAUUUUACCAAACACUCGCUUAUAGCUCAGCGUCUAAACUAGUAAAACUAUACUCGCUUCUCGCCGCUCGCCCACUAGUUUGUAGUUUAUAGUUUCACUCGCUUAUAGUUUGUAGCCGGCGGUGGGACCAGUGCCGUAAGCAAAGCUUUAAAAUGUGAACUGUUCAUAUGUUAAUGCUUUGCUUAAAUGCUUACAUGAACAUGACGGUUUGUUACUAUGACCAGUUGAUUAAAAAAUAUAUGUAUGUGCCAUGCUGACGUUGUUUAAAUUAAUAGGUUUAAAUUGUUUUUUCGUGAAAGAAAAUGUUUUAUUUGUUUUUUAUUUGUGUCUUUCUUAGAGUAUUAAAUAAACGGUUAUUUUUUCAAA